GUUCCCAGGUUGAACGUGGUCUUAUAUAAAGAGAGUUUUUCACGUAGAUAACCGAUAACGAUAUCGCGUAUUAUUUACUGCAAAGCGUUGUAUUACACAGAGCAUUCGUAUAUACAUAUUGUAAAAAGGUUCGGUUAAUUGUCGUCCUCUCGUACGUACUUGUUCUGCGGCUCUGACUUCUGUACACCCUUAGUCAUCUCAUCGAUGCAUCGACUGGUGUUGAUAUGCUCAGCGGGCUUUCUGCUCGUCUGUAUCGUUCCCGAAUUCGCGAAUGGCAGCCCGUUGUCCUUCCUGAGGGGUCGCGUCCAAGACGCCGACGAUGAUCCGGUGAUCGAGGAGAAUGAAAUCGAUGGUGACGUUGUGGUGGCGCCACCGGUUGUCAUCUCCCAAACGCGACAACCCGUCAAGGGAAAAAAUAAAUUCAAGAUAACGAACAAGGAAUGGGUACAGAUGCCGAAAAGUCCGCCAGGUGCUAUCAGUGUUCCCUUAAGAUCACACAUUGAAUUAGAAUGUGAGGCAAUUGGAAGUCCUGCGCCUCAGAUUUAUUGGCUUCGAGGAACGGAGCCCCUACGCCAGCUAGAUGAAGUGGUCGGAAAUAGCAUAGCAGACAUUAGUACUACACCUUCGAUUUGGGGAGGUAUUGCAAGAACUAGAUCUCGACUUGUCAUCGACUGCGCUUCACCUAGAGACCAAGGCAUCAUUCACUGUGCAGCUGUUGCUGGCAGUAGGACAAUUCUUUCAAAGCCAACCAUGCUUAUUAUCGACGAACUCAGCAAGGGUAACGGCAGCAGCUGUGGAGCAGAAACUAAACCCCGAGUAACUCUUUAUUCUCCAGUUAUGCUAGCAGCUAUAGGAUCGACGGUCACUUUGCCGUGCCGGGCUAAUGGAAGACCUCGCCCCCCUCGUACUCUUUGGCUGGACAACAACGACCGGCCAAUAACAUCUUCUUCUAAUCCUCGCUUCAAGGUCUUGGGGACCGGUGAGUUGGUGAUCUUUCCCUUGAAUUGGGACGACAUGGGUGGAUUUACAUGUAUUGCUCAGUCUGAUCGAGAUGAGGAUGCUGCCAGCACGUUCUUAUAUCCAACGCUGAACGACGAGAACGGCAGCUAAGCAAGUAAAGAGGCAAUGCGGCAGCGUACAAAGAAACUCGGUCAUCGGUUUACUGUCAUAAUUAAAUUGAACGAGUAGAGCAACGAGUCAUAUUUGCAUACUUAUAUAUUAUAGUUGAGUUGCGUUACUCUGAGAUGCAUUCAAUUCAAUUUUCUAGUCACUAAGCGUUAAGUAGUGUUUAUUUUUGGAAAAGUAUUUCUUUUUGAAAUUUUCUUUCAAUUGAAAAGUAAUUAUUAGAAAAAGUAAUGACAUUCCACUGCUUAAUAUAUUAUGAUUAUUAUAUCUAUUAUCAUUAUUAUUAUUAUACAUCAAUAUAUUGUAUUUGGUUUAAAAUGGGUAAAUGAUACAGUCUAGGGAAUAGUACGUACUUCAAAGUAUUCAAUUGAUUAUUACUAUACAUUAGUUAACAUUGCCAAACAGUAAAUACGAAUACAUGCAUACACCCAUUUAAUGUCAUCAGCACUUUUAUUAUAUUAUUCAAUAAUAUUAUCAAAUAAUAAUAUAUAUUUAUGAUUUCAUAUACACCGUAAAUGCAUAAAAUAACAUUCUAGACACGCAUACAUUCCAUACAUAUUAUAGUACAAUUCAGAGUGAUUGUUUCUGUUCCUAUAAUGUUAUUAUUUAUUACUUUUAAGAUUGAUUUCUAUUAACGAAUAUGGUAUUCUAUACAUGCUUGUACAUUUUACAGGUACACACAUACAUAUAUAAGUUACAAUUUUGUGUUGAAUAACGUGUUACCCUGGUAAAAAAUUUCUAAGUACAAUAUAUAUGUUUAUGUGAGAAAUAAUUUUCAAAAUAAGACAGAAGGUAUGGAGUAUAAUUUCGUUGCUCUCUAUUAAGGAAAUAAUAAAUCUCCAAUGUAAGGACAAAAUCAUGAAUGUACUUAAUCAAAAAUGAAUAAUAAAGGGAAAAAAAUAUCAAAUUAAUAAUGAA